AUGGAAGGGUUGAAGGAGAUAGAGAGGCUGAAGGAGGAGCUGAGGUUGGUGAGGGAAGCUAAGGGAAGAUUGGAAGAGGAGAAUGAGAGGUUGAGGGCAGACUGUGAAGAGCUAAAGAGCGACUUAGAGGAAAUGAGAGUAAUGCUAAGGAGUGUUAAAGUGGAAAUGAAAGGAGGAGAAGAGAGAAUGGUUGAGAAAAUGGACGAAAAAUUCGGGAUAAUGAUGAAUGCAGUGCAAGAGAUGAUGCAGGAAAUGAUGAAGGAAUUCAUGGGAGAGGGAGCUGUAGGAGGUAGACCUACCGGGUCUUGUGACAGGCCAGGAGUGGUAAAGGAAGUGAAAGAGCGAGUGGAUGAGAGUAUGAGUAACGAAGGUGAUUUGGUUGUGAUAGGUAAGGGAAAGAAGGGGAAGACACUGGAUAAGGAUAAACCUGCGCACAAGGAUAAGAAGGGGGCUGAGGAAAAGAAAAAGCCUAAGGGAAAGAAGGUUGGUAAGGGUGAUGGACAGGAUGAGACUAGGACUGAAUACAUUGGGGAAAGGGCUGAGAGUGAUUCAGAUAGUGGUGAGUGGAAGCGGGUAGAUAGAAAGAAGAAGGGUAAGAGGGGCAUAAUCAGGAGUAUGGACGCGAGUGUGGAAGUUGACUCACUGUAUUCGGAAGAGGGAAAGAGGGGUCAGAAUGGAAGUAGCGAAAGUGAGAGUGAGAGGUAUGUGCCGCAUGAGAGUGUGAAAGCCAGGAUUGUAGAACAGGCAAAGAGGAUAAAGAGUAGCAUUAGAUAUAGGAAAAAGCAAGAUUAUGAAGAGGCAAGAAUGAAUGUUGGUGAGUCAUUGUCAAUGUAUGUCUAUAGGUUAGAAAAAUUAGCCAGGAAAAAGUUUGGGGACGAAGGGAUAAAUGAGUCUUAUUACUGUAACCUUGAAAAUUUACUGAAUGUCCAGAGGUAA